AUGACAGCGCGGAGCUUCGACAGUUCGGUUUCAAGGAGAUCGAGACGAGAACGGAUCACAAAUGAAGAUGUUUACGAUUAUGCCUUACGUGUUGCAUACCUCUCCCAUCUCAUGACACCAAAACCUCCACCACAGGCACCUGAGACACGCAGGGAUGAAUCUAAGGAUCAUCACUCGCGUUUAUCGAACAUCGUGGCACCGAUAAAUCUCUUGGGGGAUUUAUUUCGUGACGCUGGCCGUGACGGCCAUCGCAGCGUCAAGUUCCCUGAAAAGUUGCUCAAGGUACUUGACGCAAAAAUGCAAAAUGUUGCUAUGGGAAAGGAUAUUGGCUAUGUGGAUCCGUACUUUCGGGCCAGUAUCGCUGUUUUCUGGGGAAGUUUGAAGGAACCAACGUUCCUCCGCCAAAUGAAAGAGAAUAGGAAAAUUGAGGAACUCAUUCUCACCUUCGUUUCUACUGCCACUGCAUCCUUGAAGAAGAAUCCGCAACUUCUGGGUGAGGCUUGGAAAGGAGAAUUGAACAAGCAGAUCCCCAUGUUCAUUCGCAUGCUUCGUGAAUGCCUGUCCAACACGUCCUCUGUUCCUACUGAGCUCGUUUCUCGAUUGGAAUUGUAUUCUGUCAAGCUAAAUGCCACCGCACCCCAUGACACGGGGUCCGAUUCUGGCUAUUCGACAUCCCGAUCCCCAGAUCCACCAGCUCCGGGUCCGUCUAGUACCGUUACUCAAUACGUCGCCGAUAUGCCGCUGGUUCAGACAGUCGCUAGGUUGUUUGGCUAUACAAAUAGUCAGGUGCAAGGUGACCUCUCGUCCCUAAAGCAAAUGUGCACUGAGUGGGCGGCCAUUGUGGAUUUAAAGACUUGCCUGAAGAACAUCAGGGCUGGCGUCCCCUUUCCUGGACGCCGCGAAGAUUUUGAAACAGAGGAAGCGUGGCAACACUGGCGAACUCAGGAGUUGGCGCAUUUAUCACAACUGAUGGUGAUGAUGGUAAAGCUGAAUCCCGAGCUGGCGGGUUCCAAUCCGUCCGAUUCUGGGGCGAUGAGAUUGCCGCGACCAACUUCUAUUCACGGGAAUCCCGAGUAUGACGAUGAAUCUAUAUCUCGCGCCUCUUCCUCAGCUAGCCGACGGAGUUUGGCCAUUCCAAAUUCUUGGAACCCAGAUGCUAUUGCUCAUAUUGAGCAGGACGAUAAUGAGACCCAAACUGGCCACAAUUUUACCUAUAUCCCUCCGAAUCCCAAAAAAUUUUAUAAACGGUUGACCGAACUCUGUAUGGAAUAUGAUCUUCGUGCUAUGGCACAUCUCCCCGAAGAUCAAGAAGUUUCUCUUGGCAUCCUCUCCCAGGCACAUCUCGAGCUUGUGAAUGAAUGUGCCCUUCGGUGGAGGAUUAACCCAUCUUACCGCGUUGCUUGCUUCUUCGACAUCAUUAAGUAUAAAUACGAACGCGAAGAAGUCCCUUUGGAAUGUAUACCGGAAGGACUUCAGAUGGUGUCGAAAACUCUGCAUGACUUACCAAUCUCGAAGUGGCCCAUUGAUGACGUCGAAUACUUGGCUCAAGUUUACGGGGCGUUGUUCAAUAUAUUCCUUGGUCUCCUUUAUCACACGUUUGAAAACCUGGGAUCGAUCAAGCUUCAAGAUAUCGAGCCCUGCGCGGCUAUACUUGCUCGAAUUCGAGAGAGCGGCCUGAUGUCACGAUAUAGUGUUGAUGUGAAUACCCGUGUAGGCGAACUUUCGGAACGCGUCCGGGGGGUUGCAAUUCAACAAUAUACGGCCAAGAGUCAGGAGAUUGCUAACGAACAUGUGGGCGUGAAUAGGGCAAUGCCUUUACUACACCUCACGGACUGGGUUGAAAAACAAGUGAAACUCCUCGACAAGCGGUUCCCGGAACCUGUGUUAGGGAUUCUUGAUGUUGUUGCUCUCGCCAUUGAUGGCUAUUAUCCAAUGUUCCUGAAUGACUUGGAUUAUUCUCAGCGUCGCCUACUAGAAGGUUCAAUGAAUCAACCAUCUCCAGACAUCCCAAUAGAAGACAUUUUCUCCCUGUAUCGGCGAACGAAAACUCUUGGGGAUAUGCACAGAGCGUUUUGCCCUGAAGCCAACGAGGAUUUCGAUAUCACUGGUUAUUUCCGUCCGUACGUACAGCAAUGGAUAAUCAUUACCGAUAACAAGACUACCCAGUGGACGGUGCAAUACUCACUCGGCAUGUCUCAGUUUGAAACCGAAGGCGAGGAGAGCCACAGCUCGUCAAUUAUUGAUUUGUUCGAUUCCCUCAAACCUCCGAUCGAUUUUUUGCUCGAAUUGAAGUGGACAGAUGUCUAUGAGGAAGCUCGAUUCUUUACCUCGUUGGCAAAGACUAUCAGUAAUGCUGUGCAACAGUAUUGCCGUCGGAUCGAGGAUCUCUUCAUGGCUGAGAUGUUCCCCCGGCCGCCACCUGAAACGCAAGAGAAAGAUCGGAUGGCUCUUCUAAUGGAGCGCGCGAAGAUGACCAUGGGCGGGGAGCGCAAAAUUGAGCCAUUCAAUUUCAUGGCAUCCUCAUGCAUCAAGCUCAACAACAUAGAGGCUGCUCGGAAGCUGCUGGACCAGCUAUACCAGAGGAUGGACGUUGAUCAGAUCAGUAAACGACUCGACACCCUUGCCCCGCCUGUUCCUCCAAAGACGAAGGAACGCUAUCUGUUCACUGUGAAAAUCGUACAAGCCCAAAACCUACCACCCAAUGACUCCAGUUCUAAACUUGACACAUUUGUGACAUUGAGCGACGAAAACGGCUACCGCUUGGCAAAAACGCGUACUAUAUGUGACACACUGGAGCCCCGAUGGUCACAGGAAUUUGACUUCUCCGUUGACAAUAGUCUUUGGCUUAUGGCUAGCGUCCGAGACCGCGCACUGAUUGGGAAGCACGAUACGAUUGGGAGAGCCUAUUUAUGCCUGGAUCCAAAACGAUACGGAGAUUUUCUAACGCAUGAUUUGCGGUUAGAUCUUGACCCCCAGGGGCAGAUACACAUUCGCGUGAGCAUGGAAGGGGAGAAGGAUGAUGCGCAGUUCUACUUCGGAAGAGCGUUUCGAUCAUUGAAGAGAACUGGAGAUGAUAUGACACGUGUCUUCAUUGACAAAAUGUCACCUUUAAUCCAGCAAUGCCUUUCACGCAAUGCCCUCAAAACUUUAAUGAAAUCUGGAGUUCCAGCUACACUCGACUAUUCAAGAGCACUGAGCUUCAAGGGAUUUUUUGGGACGAAACUAACACAAGACAAUGGCGAUGUCCUCAUACCACUCCCAGCAGAAGAGCGACCGCGGCAUCGUCCGGGCCAGUUGUCCGCGGAAGAGAUCGAGUUGUCCAUAUCUCCUCUCUUUGCGUAUUUUGAGAAGAAUUUGAUGGACGUGCUGAAUCAGUGGCUCAGCGAUGGCACCCGGGAGACAACUGUCCUCAAAGUCUGGAAGGAAAUCUUGAAUGUUAUCGAGUCGCUUCUGAUUCCCCCAUUGUCCGACUUGCCGUCUGACAUGAACCCAUUAUCGGACAAGGAAGUCGACGUCGCCUUCGAAUGGUUAAGGCUGUUGAAAGAUUUCUUUUACGCCGACGGAGAAGGUCCCAUUCCUACCGAAAUUCUACAAGGACAAAAAUAUCGCGACAUUCAAUCCAUCCGGUUGUACUAUGACUGGAAGACGGAUGACCUUAUGGAGGAAUGUGUUCGAGUGAUGACUCAGGGUCUGGGCGGGACACAGACUUUGCAGAAGCGCGCCAAGUCGGUCUACCACCACAAGAACUUGGGGACUAUAAAGAACAGGAAGAAAGAAAAGAGUGAAAAACCUCAAAACUCCAAUGAUCAAAUCAUCCUGAGGAUCUUGCGCAUGCGGCCAAAUACAAGUGACUUUAUUGGGACACAGAUGCGAAUCAUGGCUGCGGUUCAAGCUGAGCAGGAGAACAAGAUGAAACGUCGGGCCGCAAUGGCAGGAAGCCGAAACUCAAGAAGUCCUGUUCCUCCAGUCCCCCCUCUUCCACGUCAGUAA